AUGGCUCCUACAGCAGCAUCUUCAGACUCUAUACAGCCUAGAGAUGUUUGCAUUGUUGGUGUUGCACGUACACCAAUGGGUGGGUUUCUUGGCGCUCUUUCAUCUGUACCUGCCACGAAGCUUGGCUCUAUAGCUAUUGAAGCUGCUCUUAAAAGAGCUAAUGUUGACCCAUCACUUGUGGAAGAAGUAUUCUUUGGGAAUGUUCUUAGUGCAAAUUUGGGGCAAGCUCCCGCCAGACAAGCUGCUCUCGGAGCUGGACUAUCAAAAUCUGUAGUCUGCACUACUGUUAACAAAGUUUGUGCAUCAGGAAUGAAAGCUACAAUGCUUGCUGCACAGAGUAUUCAAUUGGGCAUAAAUGAUGUUGUUGUGGCUGGUGGUAUGGAAAACAUGUCUAGUGUACCUAAGUACUUGGCAGAAGCAAGGAAAGGUUCCCGCCUUGGACACGACUCACUAGUUGAUGGGAUGUUGAAGGAUGGUUUGUGGGAUGUCUAUAAGGAUGUUGGUAUGGGAGUGUGCGCUGAACUCUGUGCAGAUAACCAUUCAAUAACUAGAGAAGACCAGGAUAAUUUUGCAGUUCAGAGUUUCGAUCGCGGAAUUGCUGCUCAAGAAAGUGGUUCCUUUGAUUGGGAAAUCACUCCAGUUGAAGUGUGUGGUGGAAGGGGAAGACCAUCAACAGUUGUUGACAAGGACGAGGGCCUAGGAAAGUUUGAUGCUGCCAAGUUACGCAAACUUAGACCAAGCUUCAAGGAGACUGGAGGUUCUGUUACUGCUGGCAAUGCUUCUAGCAUAAGUGAUGGUGCCGCAGCAUUAGUUUUGGUGAGUGGAGAGAAGGCAUUAAAGCUUGGGCUUCAGGUCAUUGCAAAAAUCACUGGAUAUGCUGAUGCUGCUCAGGAACCCGAGUUAUUUACAACAGCUCCAGCCAUUGCCAUUCCCAAAGCUAUCUCCAAAGCAGGGUUGGAGAUUUCACAAAUUGAUUUUUAUGAAAUUAAUGAAGCCUUCGCGGUUGUGGCUCUUGCAAAUCAGAAACUUCUCGGACUAGAUUCGGGAAAAAUAAAUGUACACGGGGGAGCUGUAUCAUUGGGUCAUCCUCUUGGUUGCAGUGGUGCCCGAAUCCUGGUGACACUUUUGGGGGUACUGAAGCAGAAAAAUGGAAAAUACGGUGUUGGUGGUGUUUGUAACGGAGGAGGUGGUGCUUCUGCCCUUGUUCUGGAGCUCCUGUGA